CGGUUCUCUAUAAAAACGCCGAACCAAAUACAAACAACGCCAAAGCGUCUUUCUACUUUCUAUCACCAACCUGUGUCAUUCUUCUUCUUCACUGCUCUGAAAGCUGCAAAUGGACAAACCCGACACCGAGCCCUGGAGGCCCGACCCGUUUCAUUCCGUCAUGUUCAGGCCGCCGGAGACCCCGCGUGAGCCCAUGGAGUUCCUCUCUCGUUCAUGGAGCGUCUCUGCUCUUGAAGUUUCCAAAGCUCUCUCCCCAGCUCAGCUCUCGCUUUCCAAGCCCCCUAGUGGAGGUUUUCCCGGCGUUGGCGCUCACGGCGGUCCCAUUCUCGAAGACAUCGCCGGCGAAAUCGAAGAGAAUGCCACCGUUUCUGGCAACCCAUUCUCUUUUGCUUCCUCUGAGACUUCGCAGAUGGUCAUGGAGCGAAUUAUGUCACAGUCGGUGAGUGAGCUUGGUGGAGCAGAGCAUCAGGAGGUAUCUCCACGCACUUCAGGCAGGCUCUCUCACAGUAGUGGCCCUCUCAACGGAACACAGAGCUGUGGCUCCUUAACCGAUAGUCCUCCUGUGUCUCCCUCUGAGAUCGACGAUGUCAAGUAUAACCGCCCCACCAACAACAGCAGCUUGAAUACUCAAUUCCGGCCGACCACCGUCGCCGGAGGUACUGUUGCCGCGGCCGGAGGCGGGGGGAAGACGGUCGGGAGGUGGCUCAAGGAUAGGAAGGAGAAGAAAAAAGAGGAGACCAGGGCCCACAAUGCUCAGCUUCACGCGGCCGUCUCUGUUGCCGGGGUUGCGGCCGCCGUCGCGGCCAUCGCUGCCGCCACUGCGGCGUCCUCUGGAGCUGGUAAAGACGAGCAGAUGGCAAAAACUGACAUGGCGGUUGCCUCGGCGGCGACCUUGGUCGCUGCACAGUGCGUCGAGGCAGCAGAAGCCAUGGGUGCUGAGCGUGAGCACCUUCAAUCGGUUGUCGGCUCCGCCGUGAAUGUGAGAUCCGCCGGAGACAUCAUGACAUUAACUGCUGCAGCAGCUACAGCUUUACGUGGGGCAGCCACAUUGAAAGCAAGGGCCCUCAAGGAAGUUUGGAAUAUUGCAGCAGUAAUUCCUGUGGAGAAAGGCAUGGGAGCUAGUGGCAAUGGAAGCAACGGCAAUUCAAACAGCAGCUUUAGUGGCGAAUUAGCCCCGGAAGAAAAUUUCUUAGGCAUCUGUAGCAGAGAAUUACUUGCCAGAGGCUGUGAACUCCUUAAACGAACUCGCAAAGGUGAUCUUCAUUGGAAAAUUGUAUCAGUUUACAUAAACAGGAUGAACCAGGUUAUGCUGAAGAUGAAGAGUAGACAUGUUGCUGGGACCAUCACUAAAAAGAAAAAGAAUGUGGUAUUGGAAGUGAUAAAGGAUAUGCCAGCCUGGCCCGGCAGGCACCUACUCGAAGGUGGUGAGAACCGGCGCUACUUCGGGCUGAAGACAGUGAUGCGAGGCGUAGUCGAAUUUGAAUGCAAAAAUCAAAGGGAGUAUGAUGUGUGGACUCAGGGAGUCUCAAGGCUUCUCUCCAUUGCUGCUGAAAGGAACAAUAAGAACAGAAUAUGAACUUUUCUUCUGAAGGAGGAAAAAUGGUAAUUUUUUUGCAGAAAUUGGAGGGAUAUAGGAUCCCUCCAUGGUGGGGUUCUGUUCACUGUAAAAAGGGUUAGAGGGGGAAAAAAGAAAAAGAAAAAAAAAAACUAAAGGCAUAGAUAGCUAUAUGGUCUUAAGAUGGGGUCUUCUUUCUUCAAUAUUUUGCGGAACAUACAAUAUGAUGAUGAUGAUGGGGUUUUUGGCUAUUGUGUGUUAUAUUUUAUUGUGAAAUGGGAUAAAAAUUUUAAAAAGUAAAGUGUAUUUGAACCAAAGUGAAGAACACAAGCAUGUGAACUUAAGGGAUGGUCUUCAUUCUUUCACUGUUGUGGAAAGGAAAAGGGUAUCUUGUACUGGGGUAGUCAAAAAGAGAAAAAGGAAGAAUUCCCCAUUUAGUCUUUUUAAAGUAUUAAUUAAUACUUUGAAGAUAAAGACGCACACAAGAGCCUGAUCCUAUGAAGCAUUUUGUGUGAUACCAUGUGGGUUCUAGUGGUUGUUGUUUAAUGUUAUUGUUUAUGAUCUAGUACUACUGCUACUGGAGGAGCUAUCAUUGUUUUGGACUAUGAUCUUCCCUAGUUUAUUAUAUAUAAUCUGACGUUGUCUCUUUGA